CCGCGCGCGUUUUUAUUUCAUAUUAAUUAAUUAACAAAAACAAUUUUAAGUCUUGCGGGCAUUAAAAAAAGCGUGCGUGAAAAAUCGGUGUCGACAUCGCCGAGUUGUUGCUGUUGCGUUGGGUGUCUGUGUUUUUUGUCUUAAGUGAGAAACAAAAUAAAAUAGCUAUUAGCUAAAGUAUUCGAUACAACUACAUUGUCAGUUUAAAAUGCGUUGGUUGAUUGAUACAGAAGCUGCUGCUCUUGCCGUUGUCGCUGUCAUUGUUGUUUUUGUUUAGUUUAUUGUACAAUUGGUUAUUGAACGACGCCAUGAUGCGCUAUUCGGAAAUAUCGCGAGACCUCUCCACGGAUAAUCUGCGCUACUCUGAGCUGAGCAGAAAACCAAGCACUGACUAUGUGGGCUAUGCUGGACAAGCAUAUGUCACAGCUUCACCCACAGCUCAGUCGCAUUAUCAACACAACGGAAUGUCAGCACUUCAGCAGCAGCAACAGCAACAGCAAUCGCCACAGCAGUCGCGUCAAUCGAAGCAACGAAGUCCCAAUGGCAAUGCUCAUACUUUGGCCUGCUUGCGUCAGGAUAAGGGCCAAAAGGAGCUGCAGGCGGAACAGACUGCAGCCCAACAGCCGGCCAGCAAGACACUGAAUAUUAAGAGCAACAGGCGCAAGAACUCCAUUGGUUGUCUGACCAGCUUCUCCUCGUCGCCAGAUUCGCCGGGUUGUUACUACAGCAUAGCUACAACCGCAGCGCCAGCGAACAAGUCGCAGAGUUUGCCUUCGCAUGGCUCCAUUAAACAGCUGGAUGCUGUCAUAAUGAGUGCAUUGCGUGUGCCCGCCGAUCUGUUGGCUAAUCAGAUAACGUUGCUGGACUUUCCGGUCUUUGCGCUCAUUCAACCGGAUGAGCUGAGCAGCUGUGCCUGGACCAAGAAGGACAAGCAUGUGGUUACGCCCAACAUUGUGGCGUUCACCAAACGCUUUAAUCACACCAGCUUCUGGACAGUAACCGAAAUAUUGAAUGGCGAGCAACCCAAGCAGCGUGCCGAAAUAAUGACACACUUCAUUAAGGUGGCCAAAAAACUGCACGAGCUGAACAAUUUGCAUUCGCUGUUUGCCAUCAUUUCGGCAAUGCAAAGCGCCAGCAUUUAUCGCCUCAAGAAAACCUGGGCCUGUUUGUCCAAGAAGGAUCGACAGUCCUUCGAGCGACUCAGCGACAUAUUCAGCGAUCAGAAUAACUGGGCUAAUCUACGCUCAUAUCUGGAGAGUUUGCGCCUGCCUUGCAUACCGUACCUGGGAUUGUUUCUCACAGAUUUGAUUUACAUCGAUCUGGCGCAUCCACACAAGGGCGGCUUGGAGCCGGAGCAACGACGCAACAAGAUGAACAACAUACUGCGCGUCAUCUCGAACUAUCAGCAAUCGGAUUACCAGCAAAUACAGCCAAAUGAGUCCACGCAAAAGUAUCUAACCUCCAUACGAUACAUUGAAGAGCUGCAGAACAUAUUCGAAGAAGAGCAAUACAAACGCUCGCUGAGUCUGGAGCCCGCUUCGCCGUCUGGUCCCAGCUCCUCGUCGUGCAGCUCGAAGGAAUCUUUUAAUGUGGAAUCCGUGACACCAGCGCUUGGUUGCUUGAAUCUGUCGCCAGCCAAAACAAUUGGUUCCAUGCGCAUGGCCAGUGGCACCAAGUUUGUGCCCGGCCAUCGCAAGUGUCGCAGCCUGGGCACAAACAUCUUUGGCAAAAUUGCGCCGAAUAAUUACGACGGGCAUCCGCAUCAUUUGCACCUGGAGCACGAUCCGAGUCAACAGCCUCGCCAUCAUCUGCUCGACGAUUCGGUGUUGGAGCACAGCGAUGCGCUCUCGAACGCAGACCUCACCUCACUGGAGAGUGCCGAGGGCAUCAUGUGCGAUUUUGCGGGCAGUGAUUGCGAUCUAAUGUCGCCGGAGGCAGCAGCCGCCAUGCAGGGCUGUGUGCGUCGCAAAACCGUGCAGAAGGAGGGACGCAAGCCGGCGGUGGCGUCGUGGCAACGCUACUGGCUACAGAUCUGGGCCAAUUCGCUCGUCUACUUUCCGCCCAAGUCGUUCAAGGGCAGCGAACGCGGCGACUUCAAGCGCGAGCCGUGCAAGGUGUGUCCACUGGAGGGCUGGUAUGCCCACGUCAGCGACAACACCAAGCACAAGAACACCUUUGAGCUAUACCACCGAACACUGGGCACCGUGUACAAGUUUCGCACGGACAGCCCACAGAUGACGCAUCUAUGGACAAAUGCCAUUUGCAAGUUGGCAACGACGCGUGUGCCAAAGCCACUGCCGGCCAAUCUGAUGUCCUUCGAGUGAGUCAGACGCUGAAAAAUUGCAAAGCUGACACAUGGACAUGGUCACGUUAUUAUGCCGCCGACCCCAAACAAACUAACUACCACUUCCUCGAAUCUAAUGUACUCAUCAAUUAGUUUUAAUUAGCUGUCCACAUACUCUUAUGUCACGAAGCAGCCACAGAAACAUUCCCGCAACUCUCUGCUUGUUAACAAUCACAACAAACACGUAGAAGAACAACAGACAAAACACCACAAGAUGAACGAACAAAUUGUAAUUUUGCAAAAUGAAACGAUUUCAAAUGGUAUUUCAAAAGACUGACAGACCUAGCAGACAAGAAGAAGACGAAGACGAAUAUGAUAAAAUAAAAGAUGAGAAGAUCAUGAUGGAUCGAACACACUCAACAAUUACUGACAGGAUGAAUUCAAUUAAUAUUGAUAUUAGCCGUGACCGCUGAUAAAUCUAUUAAUCUUCUAGAGCUGUGACUGCAAGUCCAAAACUAUUAUGUAUGCUCUUUGCAUGGCAAAAAUUUCCUUUUGUUGUGCUGUAAAAACGUCAACGUAAUUGUAAUUGUAAAUGUAAUCUUCAAAAAUGUAUCUUGAAUGUCCAGCAAUGUUAUUUGUAUUUGUAUCUUAAAAUGUUAUUAGGCAUUAAACGGAAUCAAUUACUACGACA